GAAGCCUGAGUCCCAGACGGCCUGGCCUUCCCCACGUGGGUCGCCGGCUGAGCGGUCCCGGGGGCGACCCAGCGGCGGGUCUGGGGGAGGGAGGGGGGCUCCGCGUCCGACCCCCGCUCCUACCCGGCAUGAACCGCUACCUCCUGCCGCUCUCCGUGCUGGGCACGGUGGCGGGUGGCGCCGUGCUGCUCCGAGACUAUGUUGCUGGAGGGUCCUGUCCCAGCAAGGCCACCAUUCUCGGGAAGACGGUCAUUGUGACCGGCGCCAACACGGGCAUCGGAAAGCAGACCGCCUUGGAGCUGGCCAAAAGAGGAGGCAACAUCAUUCUGGCCUGUCGGGACAUGGAGAAGUGUGAAGCGGCAGCAAGGGACAUUCGCAGGGAGACCCUUAAUCACCACGUCAGCGCCCGGCACCUGGACUUGGCCUCCCUCAAGUCCAUCCGAGAGUUCGCGGCGAAGAUCACCGAAGAGAAAGAGCGCGUGCACAUCCUGAUCAACAACGCGGCUGUGAUGCGGUGCCCCCACUGGACCACCGAGGACGGCUUUGAGAUGCAGUUUGGCGUUAACCACCUGGGUCACUUUCUCUUGACGAACUUGCUGCUGGACACGCUGAAAGCCUCGGCCCCUUCGCGGAUCAUCAACCUCUCGUCCUUGGCCCACGUCGCAGGUCACGUGGACUUUGAUGACUUGAACUGGGAGAAGAGGACGUACGACACUAAAGCGGCUUAUUGCCAGAGCAAGGUGGCCGUCGUCCUGUUUACCAAGGAGCUGAGCCGGCGGCUGCAGGGCACGGGCGUGACUGUCAACGCUCUGCACCCCGGCGUGGCCAGGACGGAGCUGGGCAGACACACGGGCAUGCACAGCUCUGCCUUCUCCAGCUUCACGCUCGGGCCCAUCUUCUGGCUGCUGGUCAAGAGCCCCCAGCUGGCAGCCCAGCCCAGCACGUACCUGGCCGUGGCAGAGGAACUGGAGGGCGUUUCUGGAAAGUACUUUGAUGGAUUCAAAGAGAAGCCUCCAGCCCCUGAAGCUGAGGAUGAGGAGGUAGCCCAGAGGCUUUGGGCUGAAAGUGCCCGCCUGGUGGGCUUGGAGCUGUCCGGUGGUUCCUCUCCUCAGUGAGGGGACAGCCCCUCCCAGAAUAACCUUUGGGAGUAGGUAUCAAAAGCACGCGGGAGGCUGAAUCACCUGGAUGCAGCAGCCAGACCAAGGCUGGCUGCUCUGUCUGCAGCACCCUCUAGGUGGCAGUGUUUGCCAAGGAAUUCUGGCUGCCACGCCUACGUCACCCUCCAGGUGGCAGUGUUGGCCGUGUGAGCCUCAAGACCAAGGCUGCCGUGCGCGCAGCGCCCCCUAGGUGGCAGUAUUGCUCAAGGACCAAUGGCUGCUACCUCCACACCAUCCGGUAGGGAUCCCUCGUGGCUCUUGCCUCCUCUCAGGCACAGUGGACCCGGCUGCAGGUGCACACCUGGCCCAUCGGCCGGCAGGGGCACGGGGCCAUCAGACGCCUGCCUUGUGCCUGUCACUGGGAACUGCCGAGGGAGGAGUCCGCUCCCUCUGCUGUGGCCGCGGCAGGAGAGCCAAUGACGGCCACGGUGCCGAACUGUACACCCCUGGGAAAGCUGUCAGCCGGACAGGAUCAAGUUCACGGUUCCCUGCAGACCGUGCACACCCGCAGUCACCUCUCCGAGCCUCGGUUUCUCCCACUGUAGAAUGUGCAGAAUAACUUGACUACCUCCUAGGAUGGUAUGGUGGUGGGUGAGUUAUCACCCGGCGCGGUGAGUGGCAACUGUGUGUUCCUUGCUGGCACCAAAAAGCUCGGUCAUCAAGAUACGAAUACCUUAACAUUAAAAAAAUGUGACAUUUGAGGUACGUGGGGAGCCCAGGGAUGCCGUUCCACGUCCACAGAACAGCGCACGAUCGUGCCCCAGAUGCCAACGAUGCCGAGGGAGGGAGUGGAAAGGCACUAAAGACGGCCCAAAGCCUUAGAAGUACAGUUAGUUUUCUUUCUGUUACCACAUCAGACCACAACAGCCGAAGGGUAUGUUUGGGAUGAACGGACUCCGGUUGGCACCUUCCAGCACGGACCCCAACGAUCCCCACCUCCCCCUGUUCAUGUCCUUCUUACCCUCUGAGAGAGGGCUGGACCUAGCUACUCACUUCCAGCAAAAAGAAUGCUGCCAAGCUGACGGAACAGCCGGUUCUGUGGUCAGGCUACUUGAUCGGCAUCUGUUGUGCUGGCCCUCGCCCUGCCUCGCCGAGAGGAGCUGUGAGCUGUCCUGCGCAGACAUCCCAGUGGCCGGGAUGGCCAGAGAGGAACUGAGGCCUCAGUGCAGCAAUCCAGGAGCAGGUGUGAACACCAGGAGGUGGGAAUCAUGUUGGGGGGGGGGGCGGUUACCCUAAGAGCCUGUCCACCACAGGGAUACACCCCCCCACAUACAUACAUAUGUGUGCGUGUAUCCUCAUAUAAUCUGUGUAUUUCUCCCUGUGGGAUCAGGGAAAAUACUUCUUUUUUUAUUUUUAAGAAAUUUACAUCCUGGG